CCGCGCGGCAGCUGCUCGCAGCCGGAGCUGGUGCUUCGCCCGAGACCCAGCGCCCAGGCGUGUCGCCCCGAGAGGAGCCGCGCGAAGGUCACCCCGCGCCCGCCGCCCGCCGCCCGCUGCCCGCCGCCUCCGUGGGUCCGUUUGCCAGUCAGCCCGUGCGUCCGAGCCCCUCGCGCCCCGCCGCAGCCCCGGCCAACCGAGCGCCAUGAACCAGAUAGAGCCCGGCGUGCAGUACAACUACGUGUACGACGAGGAUGAGUACAUGAUCCAGGAGGAGGAGUGGGACCGCGACCUGCUCCUGGACCCGGCCUGGGAGAAGCAGCAGAGGAAGACCUUCACUGCCUGGUGUAACUCCCACCUAAGGAAAGCCGGCACCCAGAUUGAGAACAUUGAAGAAGACUUCAGGAAUGGCCUGAAGCUCAUGCUGCUUUUGGAAGUCAUCUCAGGAGAAAGGCUGCCCAAACCUGACCGGGGAAAAAUGCGGUUCCACAAAAUUGCUAAUGUCAACAAAGCUUUGGAUUACAUAGCCAGCAAAGGGGUGAAACUGGUGUCCAUCGGCGCUGAAGAAAUUGUUGAUGGCAACGUGAAAAUGACCCUGGGUAUGAUCUGGACCAUCAUCCUUCGCUUUGCUAUUCAGGAUAUUUCGGUUGAAGAAACAUCUGCCAAAGAAGGUCUGCUGCUUUGGUGUCAGAGGAAAACCGCUCCUUAUAGAAAUGUGAACAUUCAGAACUUCCAUACUAGCUGGAAAGAUGGCCUUGGACUCUGUGCCCUCAUCCACCGACACCGGCCUGACCUCAUUGACUACUCAAAGCUUAACAAGGAUGACCCCAUAGGAAACAUUAACCUGGCCAUGGAAAUCGCUGAGAAGCACCUGGAUAUUCCUAAAAUGUUGGAUGCUGAAGAUUUAGUAUACACUGCCAGACCCGAUGAAAGAGCCAUAAUGACUUAUGUUUCCUGUUACUAUCAUGCUUUUGCUGGUGCACAGAAGGCCGAGACAGCGGCUAACAGGAUAUGUAAGGUUCUUGCUGUGAAUCAAGAGAAUGAGAGGCUGAUGGAAGAAUAUGAGAGGCUAGCGAGUGAGCUUUUGGAAUGGAUUCGUCGCACGAUCCCCUGGCUGGAGAACCGGACUCCCGAGAAGACCAUGCAAGCCAUGCAGAAGAAGCUGGAGGACUUCCGGGAUUACCGCCGGAAGCACAAGCCGCCCAAGGUGCAGGAGAAAUGCCAGCUGGAGAUCAACUUCAACACGCUGCAGACCAAGCUGCGGAUCAGCAACCGGCCUGCCUUCAUGCCCUCCGAGGGCAAGAUGGUGUCGGAUAUUGCUGGUGCCUGGCAGAGGCUGGAGCAGGCUGAGAAGGGUUACGAGGAGUGGUUGCUCAAUGAGAUUCGGAGACUGGAGCGCUUGGAACACCUGGCUGAGAAGUUCCGGCAGAAGGCCUCAACGCACGAGACUUGGGCUUAUGGCAAAGAGCAGAUCUUGCUGCAGAAGGAUUACGAGUCGGCGUCGCUGACAGAGGUGCGGGCUCUGCUGCGGAAGCACGAGGCGUUCGAGAGCGACCUGGCAGCGCACCAGGACCGCGUGGAGCAGAUCGCAGCCAUCGCGCAGGAGCUGAAUGAACUGGACUAUCACGACGCUGUGAAUGUCAAUGAUCGGUGCCAGAAAAUUUGUGACCAGUGGGACCGACUGGGAACGCUUACUCAGAAGAGGAGAGAAGCCCUGGAGAGAAUGGAGAAAUUGCUAGAAACCAUUGAUCAGCUUCACCUGGAGUUUGCCAAGAGAGCUGCUCCUUUCAACAAUUGGAUGGAGGGCGCUAUGGAGGAUCUGCAAGAUAUGUUCAUUGUCCAUAGCAUUGAGGAGAUCCAGAGUCUGAUCACUGCGCAUGAGCAGUUCAAGGCCACACUGCCCGAGGCGGACGGAGAGCGGCAGUCCAUCAUGGCCAUCCAGAACGAGGUGGAGAAGGUGAUUCAGAGCUACAGCAUCAGAAUCAGCUCAAGCAACCCGUACAGCACUGUCACCAUGGAUGAGCUCCGGACCAAGUGGGACAAGGUGAAGCAACUCGUGCCCAUCCGCGAUCAGUCCCUGCAGGAGGAGCUGGCUCGCCAGCAUGCUAACGAGCGUCUGAGGCGCCAGUUUGCUGCACAAGCCAAUGCCAUUGGGCCCUGGAUCCAGAACAAAAUGGAGGAGAUUGCCCGGAGCUCCAUCCAGAUCACAGGAGCCCUGGAAGACCAGAUGAAUCAGCUGAAGCAGUACGAGCACAACAUCAUCAACUACAAGAACAACAUCGACAAGCUGGAGGGAGACCAUCAGCUCAUCCAGGAGGCCCUCGUCUUUGACAACAAGCACACGAACUACACGAUGGAGCACAUUCGUGUUGGAUGGGAGCUGCUGCUGACAACCAUCGCCAGAACCAUCAAUGAGGUGGAGACUCAGAUCCUGACGAGAGACGCAAAGGGCAUCACCCAGGAGCAGAUGAAUGAGUUCAGAGCCUCCUUCAACCACUUUGACAGGGAUAAUCUUUGUUCAGUUGGUCAAGUAGAGUUCUCAUCUUGCCCUGUGCUCACCUGCUCUGUCCUUUGUUUUUGCCAACAGAGGAAGAAUGGCCUGAUGGAUCAUGAGGAUUUCAGAGCCUGCCUGAUUUCCAUGGGUUAUGACCUGGGCAAAGCCGAAUUUGCCCGCAUUAUGACCCUGGUAGAUCCCAACGGGCAAGGCACCGUCACCUUCCAAUCCUUCAUCGACUUCAUGACUAGAGAGACGGCCGACACCGACACCGCCGAGCAGGUCAUCGCCUCCUUCCGGAUCCUGGCUUCUGAUAAGCCGUACAUCCUGGCGGAGGAGCUGCGUCGGGAGCUGCCCCCGGAUCAGGCCCAGUACUGCAUCAAGAGGAUGCCCGCCUACUCGGGCCCAGGCAGUGUGCCUGGCGCCCUGGAUUACGCUGCGUUCUCUUCCGCACUCUACGGGGAGAGCGAUCUGUGAUGCUGAGCUUCUGUAAUCACUGAUCCCAUCAGAAUGCAAUAAAAGCAGAAGUCACAGUUUGUUUCCUGGAAACUUUGACAAGCUUUAUUAAGUUGAGAGAGAGAGGGGAGAAAAAAAGCCUUUUGAAGUUCAGGAAUUGCCAGCAAUAUAACACGGCUAAAAUGAAGUUUCUACAGUAUAUGACAUAGUGCGCUUCAUAAAUAGGUUUAUUUCUGAGUUUUUAGUGAAAUGUAAUGAAAUAUCGGGUUGAUUUCUUUGAUUAAACAGAACAAAUUACUUGAGUAAUAGGAAAUUAGGAGGAUCUAGGGACAGAAGGAAAGUGAAAAAUGUGAAAAUACAAAAUACCCAAGAUUUAAGACCGAGGGGAAAAAAACCACAAAUUGGUAAAUAAAGGUUUGCUAUUUGCAAAAAAUUUCAUUUAUCUCUAAUGAAAUGUGAUUGCCCCAAGGGAGUAUAUUUGGGAUUCUAAUGUUUUAUUUUCAUGCUCAUCAAAGAUUACUAUUGUGUCUUCAAAUGAAUUUAAUAUUGUGAGAUAGAACUGCCAGGGAUUAAAAAGACUACCCAAAAGAUUUUUGGCACUUACAAUUUUUAAAAUAGAGUUUAUGGUCAUCUCUUCAUUAUUUAGGGCUGGAUGGUCGACUCAGUCAGUGAUUUUUUGAUGCUUCUCUUAUCCUCCAGAAUACAGACCUAAGGAAACAUGGAAGUCAGUUUAAUUGCCAGAGAGAAGGAUGCAGUCGCUAGGUAAAAUGAGGUUUUUAGGAUUAUUUAUUGAUUCCAGGUUCCCAUGCUUUUUGUUAGAGCUUAUUAGCACAGGUUCUCAAGAGAUGACCACAUAAAAGUGCUCUGUUUUUAAAUAAGCAGGUUUCUGUAGUACUGACUGGUUCAUCACGAGGCAAGUCAGAAACCAGUAUCCUUCCAGCUCACCAGUCAGGACUUCCUUAUGCCUCUAGUUUUAUGACCUGUUAAGGAGAAGCCAGAGUUAUGGUAGGAAAGGACUAAUUCUCAGCAGCAGUGGAGGUGCGUUCUUUCUUUUGUGGAAGCUUUACAUGUGUUUUGCGUAGUAGGAAUAACUAGAUAUUUUAGCUAGUGUGCGGUGUGUGUUCACCCCUGGAAUUGGACAGUGUAUCCUAACAAGUCCCAUGUCUGGUUCUGUGUCUAAAGGCCUGCUCCGUGACACAGGAUGCAACAUGCACUCCCGCUAGCACAUCUUGAUCCGUUGAAUGUUCAUUCUUUCUUUGUGCUCAUACUGCUGUAGGCUAUAAUUCCCCCCUCUGUUUUUCCAUCUUGUUGACAGCUUGUAGAGAAUAAAGCAGGAAUUCUUUUUA